UCCCGUGUAGGCGUACACGCGAUGACGUCAGUGUCUAAAAGAUGCUCCGAUUGGUCAGUCGCCUCCGUGACAACGUCUGACGUUGUGCAUGCGCACGAUUUAAAUUUACUACUCGCCAGCCCGAUAUUUCCGUGGACAUUUAACAAAAGAACUGCCUUCGGGGGAGUUGAGGAAAUGAACGGCGACAUCUGCAAAACGUUUGAAAGAGUGGCUGAGAAGAUGGGCUGGAUGGACGAGGGACUGGACUCGACGGAAAAGAAGUUGAGGAGUAUGAUUGGCAAGACUCGUCAUGCUGGGACAAGCGGUUCUGGAUCGGGAUUUGCCUUCGCCAAAGCGGCCCAGAGCGAGUCCAGCGAUGAAGAGUUUGACAAAUUUCUUGUGGAAAACUUUACACCCAAAGCAAAAGCUAAGCCACAGAAUCCACACAGUGCUGCAAAGACGGGGAGCUCAACUGUUCUUGUGGAGAGCUCAGAUGAUGAAGAUGCCUUUGCUGCAUUUUUGCAGCGAGUUAAAACCCCUGCAGCCAAAGCGAAGAAAACAUCUGGAAGUGGGAGUGAAGACAGCCUGAAAAACUUCAUAGUGGACGAUUACUCAUCUGAUGACGACUUUCUUGAAACAAAAUCAUCCUUAAGAGUUCCCAAAAAGAUCAAUACUCCGGCAGAACGGCAACUGUUCAGAAGACCCAUCGCCCAGUUUAACUCGCCCGUCUUUGUUAGUGACAGUGGGGACGACGAUGAAGACAACGUUGUCAUACGGAGUACUUGGAAGGCCCGUCACUCAAAGCCCAGGCCUCAGCAAGAAGAGGACGAGGGCGACAGCGAGGAGGAGAACCGUUCUCCAGCAUCGCCGGUUUUCCCCAGUCUCUCCGACGUCAUCCGUCCUCCCAGCAAGGGCCAGGCGUUAACGACUUUGCCCGGCCGCACUUUUUCCGCACCGUCUAGGCUGGACGAGUCGAGCAGUUCUGAGGAGGAGUUUGCUUCGCUGUUGGAGAGGCUGAGAAAGAAUAACAAAUACAAUCUCACCGGCACCUCGCUCACCCCAAAGCCCGCCAAAGGUGAAGCCGUCGGUUUGUUUUUACCCUUGAUUAGCCGUGCGUUGACGGUUUCUCUCAUCUCAAAUCUUUUUUUUUGGUUGAACUUUAGGAUCCGAGGCAAAGCUUGUGGUCUCAUCUCCUGCUGUGAAAACAUUUGCAGUGCCAGUCUCGAAACCACUAAAGGAAAAACCUCUAGAUGCAAAACCCCAAGGAAAGGCCUCCAUCGUGAAGCCCGUCAGUCAGACGGAGCCCAGACCCGCUGCGAUGAGCCGGUACGCCGCCUUCGUCUACAACCAGACCAAACGCUGAUCAGGGUGUGUAAGACCCCUGGCUGCUUCCUGGAGUCGCUCACAAUUCCCGGCUCCACAUCUGGAUCCACUUUCAAGACGAAUAAGGAAGAACUCACAAGCAAACUGUACCGGCUCUACAACAGCACUAUAUUCGACAACCAGCUUCCCACCACGAUGUCUGUAACCUGGAAUAAGAAGAUGCGUAAAACGGCCGGGCACUGCAUCACGGGGAGGGAAAAAGGCGGAGGGCCGCGCUACGCUCGCAUCGAGCUGUCGGAGAAAGUCUGCGACACUGCAGAUCGUCUCAGGGACACGCUGAUCCACGAAAUGUGCCACGCCGCCACGUGGCUGAUCAACGGCGUGAGGGACGGGCACGGAAACCUCUGGAAGCUGUACGCACGCAAAGCCACGACCGUGCACCCCGAGCUGCCCAUGGUGACGCGCUGCCAUAGUUACGACAUCACGUACAAGUUCAAGUAUCAGUGCAGCCGCUGCCAGAAUACGAUCGGCCGUCACUCCAAGUCGCUCGACACGGCGAAAUUUGUGUGUGCCCUCUGCACGGGUCAGCUGGUCUUACUGACUCCUUCCAAGCCACGCGCUCCCACGCCUUUCGCCACGUUCGUCAAGGAGAAUUAUGGGAACGUGAGGCAGAAGCUGGCGGGGCAGAGCCACGCCGAAGUGAUGCGGAAGCUGAGCGCCGACUUUGCCUCAAAGACCAAACUUGGUGAGAGCUAGGCGAGCAGAUUCACUGAAAACCUCUUACCUCAAGCAAUGCCUCUCAACUGUCUGGGUUGCUGGAAUAUUAUCUUAACUCAUUUUUUUUAUUGGUGGCUGUAACUGGAAAUGUGAAUAAGAACAGCAAGGUUUACUACCUGCUAUAUUUUUGUGCAUUGUAGAGGUUAAUAUUUUCAUGUAUUUUUCUUAAUUGACUUUAUACUGCCUUUUUUUUUUUUUUUUUUUUUUACCAUUAAUAAAUUUAGAAAAUAAAAAUUUACAACAUUAUCAGAACCAACAUUUGACAUCUUGUUCAUGUAAAAAGAAAAGUCACCUUGGAUUUGAGACUUUUUUUGUUCUUCUUCAGCUCCCUAUGUUUUUCAGCAACGCGUAAUAUUUAAAAAUGAAUUUUAUAAACGACUUUAAACCUU